CUUGCCAGUUGUAUAGCUUCAUCGUAAGUCAACCCCAUUUCCUUUAAGUCUCUAGUAAUUGUUUCUCUCCAUGAUGUUGGUGGUCUUCCCAUUCUUGUUUCUCCUCCUUGUGGUUCCCAUUGUAAUACUCGCAUUGUUCCCCGUUGAAUCAAUUGUUAUCAAUUACAUGGAAACAUUUGUUUCGGUCUAAAAGUUCAACUGACGUUGGAUCUAAAAGAUCCGAUUUUUCUCUGGAAUCGAGCCAAAAUGAUACAAGCAACAUCCACGUUUACUGGCACUAAUUUCACUACUUUUGAAUGUUAAACUUUAGUACUGGAUUCUUAUAAGCCACAGGAAAGAUCCGCUGCAUUCAGAGGUUCGGAGAUACUGUUCUCGUGUAACACGCCUGUUUUUUUCAAUAGUUGACGAUGGACGAGGCGGCGAAGGGACAGAAAGCUCACGGGGCGAUCCCCGCGAAGUAGAUUUCUCGAAAGUUGACGAGGUACGGAGCGAUGACGAGGAAGGAUGUCUGCGAGGCGAUCCCCGCGACGGAGCUAAAGGUAGUCCAUCGCCCACCUCUGGUAGAGAUAUCUUUCCUACUAUCGCAGGUGGUGAUGGUUGGAGUGCAUCGGCGGUUUACUGCGUUUGUCGACGACAGGAAGAAUGUAGUCUUUCGCUGUUUCAGCUCAGACACGUUUGCUUUUAG